ACCUAAUCUGGCAACCAAAAAGUCCCCGGCAUCGAUCGGCCAUCGCAAUUCUCAUACUCGGCUUUAUAUAGAAACAUAAGAAAAUCCCCCUACAACUACUCAAACCUGUGCACAUAUGACGAUUCCUAUUCUGGUGAGCCCUGGCUCAAAAGUUCUUGUAACUGGAGCAACUGGAUUUAUUGGUGCCCACUGUGUCCAACAAUUAUUAGACAGAGGGUAUGAAGUCAAAACCGCUGCAAGAUCCAAAAAUAAGUUUAAUACCUUGAAAGCAUGUUUCGAGGAGCACCAUCAACUGAAGCUCUCAUUUGCAUUGGUGUCAGAUAUCGGAAACUACGAACAGUUGGUGGAGGCUGUCAAAGACUGUGACGGAGUGCUUCACUUGGCAUCACCAUUCUCAUAUACUGUCACAGAUAUGGAAGCCCAACUUCUUAAACCUGCGUACGACGGUACCGUCACCAUGUUGGAGGCCAGUUUGACCGAACCGAAGGUCAAGAGAGUGAUUAUAACCUCGCUGUUUGCUGCUGUUUAUGAUGCUUCUAAAGGGUUGCAACCUGACUAUGUUUACACCGAGAAAGAAUUUAGUCCCCUUACGUGGGAAGAUGGGGCCAACACCAAAGAUGUUCUGUUGGCUUACAGAGCCUCGAAAAUCGUGGCGGAAAAAGCAGCCUGGCAGUUCAUGGAGGAGAAAAACCCUCAAUUUGAUCUUUGUGUUUUGUGUCCUACGAUGGUGUUUGGUCCACUUUUGUCGAACCAAUUGUUCACUACGUUUGAGGAUUUGAACUUGAGCAAUUCGGUGGUUUGGACGAUUGCCACCAGCAAAGAAGUGCCUCCCACCAAGGGUCCGUUAUUUGUGGAUGUACGGGACUUGGCGUGGGCUCACGUAGAGGCUUUGGGGAGUGAAGCUGCUUCAAACUCUCGGUAUCUUAUUUCUGCUGGGGAUUUCGAUAACCAGGAAAUUGCUGAUAUCUUGAGAGAGAGUUGGAGUGACAAGAAGCUUAGAGAGGGAGUCCCUACGGGAAACCCAGGCCAUAGACUUACUGGAACCCACUUCAAGACAGAUUCUAGUAAGGCUAUAGCUGAGCUUGGUAUGACAUUUCGUCUGCUCAAAGAGUCUGUUUUGGACCUUUGCGACCAGCUUGCUGAAAUACACAAUAGAGGGUAGAACGAGCGGAACUGAACAGAACUGAACAGAAAAAGCAAAACAGAAAAACCCUGUCUCACAAAGUUAGCUAUACAUAGAAAUGCACGAGGACUGUA